GGUUUGGUUCUUCUUCUCUCUCUGUAUUUUUCCCUGAAAGAUGAAGAUUUCCGUGAAGACUCUCAAGGGUACGAGCUUCGAGAUCGAAGUGAAACCGGAGGAUAAGGUCACUGAUGUCAAGAAGACUAUAGAAACGGUUCAGGGUGCAAAUGUUUACCCUGCUGCUCAGCAGAUACUAAUUCACCAGGGAAAGGUUCUCAAUGAUGAUACUACGUUGGAAGAGAACAAAAUUGCAGAGAAAGGUUUUAUCGUGAUCAUGUUGUCAAAGAGCAAGGUUUCUUCAAGCGGGAGUUCAACUGCAUCUGCAUCUGCUCCACCUGCUAGUGCUAAUCAGCCUUCACAGACACCAGCUACGGCUCAGGUUUCUGCUCCAACUGUUACAGUUCCAGAGCCUUCAAGUGGAGCUGCAACUGCUGCUGCUCCUGUUUCCAGGACUCAGACAGAUGUUUAUGGUCAAGCAGCCUCAAACCUUGUUGCUGGAAAUAAAUUAGAGUCUACCGUUCAGCAGAUUCUUGAUAUGGGCGGAGGUAGUUGGGACCGUGAUACGGUUGUCCGAGCUCUGAGAGCUGCCUAUAACAAUCCUGAAAGAGCUGUUGAAUAUCUAUACAUGGGGAUUCCUGUUCAGGCUGAAAUUCCGGAAGCCGCUCAAGCUCCACCUAGUGGUGGACAGGCCACAAAUCCCCAACCACAGGCUCAACAACCAGUGCCAGCAGCUCUAACCGGCGGUCCAAAUGCGAAUCCAUUAAAUCUGUUUCCCCAGGGCUUGCCUACCACGGGCAUGGAUGAUGGUGCGGGUAAUCUUGAUUUCCUGCGUAACAGUCAACAGUUCCAAGCCUUGCGAGCUAUGGUACAAGCCAACCCGCAAAUUCUACAGCCCAUGCUUCAGGAGCUCGGUAAACAAAACCCACAACUUAUGCGGCUGAUUCAAGACCAUCAGGCUGACUUCUUGCGAUUGAUAAAUGAACAGGGGGAGGGAGAAGAGAAUCUUCUUGGUCAGUUGGCAUCGGCAAUGCCACAAGCUGUGACCGUCACACCCGAAGAGCGUGAAGCUAUUGAACGGCUUGAAGCGAUGGGAUUCAACCGUGACAUAGCGCUCGAGGUAUUCAUAGCGUGCAACAAAAACGAAGAACUCGCAGCCAACUAUCUUUUAGAUCAUAUCCACGAAUUUGAGGAUCAAUGAUGAUAUGAUAGAAGAAAACAGCCCCAUCAUGAACUGGAUGGAUAUAUAAAUGCGUUUUAUGUUUACAUUUUUACAUAGUUAUCACGGUUGGACUCCACAUUCUUU